AUGCUGACCAGUAUCACUGAAGGGAUACUGUGCUGCCUAACUGGGAAGGCUGCCAGUCUGGUCUUACCCCUGGAAUCGUCAGAACCCUCUGAUGGCUUUGAGUUUGUGGAGGUGAAACCUGGGAGAGUACUGCGGGUGCGACAUAUCAUCCCUGAGCGUCAGCCAACAGUAGCAGAAGAGCAAGUUGCAGUCAAGGAGAAGACGAAUGGGGGUUGUGAUGAUGAUAGCUCUCCUGAGGAUUAUAAUAAGGAGAGCAAUACAGGCAGCAGUGUCCACUGCAAAAGGAAGAUCACAGUCUACCGCAACGGCCAGCUGGUGAUUGAGAAUCUUGGUGAUGUGUUACACUCCGAGAUCCUGCAGUGUCAGGACGGGGAUCUGGAACCCUGUAGUACUGUGGAGGUGGAGCUGGCUGACUACAAAGAAAUGCCAUCUUCUCCUGACCCCAACCCUGUUCCUCCUUCAGUUCCUCCACCCCUUGGAGAACAGAAACCUGCUCCACCUCCACGCCGUCGCCGCCGCAAGCCCAAGCGCACAGUGCUGAUCGACUCAAAGAGGGUGAUCUCAAGCUGCAAAGGGACACACUCGGACGUAGCGCUAUUCUUCGUUCAUGGUGUGGGAGGUUCACUGGACAUUUGGAGCAGCCAACUGGACUUCUUCUCUCGGUUGGGCUAUGAGGUCAUUGCGCCGGACCUGGCGGGCCAUGGAGCCAGCACUGCCCCACAGAUUGCAGCAGCUUAUACUUUUUAUGCCCUGGCAGAGGACCUGCGUGCCAUCUUUAAAAGAUAUGCUCGUAAACGCAACAUUCUCAUUGGCCACUCAUAUGGAGUGUCAUUUUGCACCUUCCUGGCCCACGAAUAUCCCGACCUUGUUCAUAAGGUAGUGAUGAUCAAUGGUGGGGGUCCCACAGCUCUGGAGCCUAGCCUCUGCUCCAUCUUCCAGCUGCCAUCUUGUGUCCUUCACUGUCUGUCACCCUGUCUGGCGUGGAGCUUCCUCAAAGCUGGAUUUGCCCGACAAGGUGCCAAAGAAAAGCAGCUGCUGAAGCAGGGCAAUGCCUUCAAUGUGUCUCCAUUUGUCCUGCGUGCCAUGAUGAGUGGCCAGUACUGGCCUGAGGGCGAUGAGGUCUACCAUGCUGAACUCACUGUACCCAUCCUUCUGGUUCAUGGCAUGUGUGACAAGUUUGUGCCCAUGGAUGAGGACCAGCGCAUGGCAGAGAUCCUCCUGUUUGCAUUCCUUAAAGUCAUUGAGGAGGGAAGUCACAUGGUCAUGAUGGAGUGUCCUGACACUGUCAACACCCUCCUCCAUGAGUUCUUUCUCUGGGAGCCUGACAUGUCCAGAAAAGACAGCUGCAAGACAGACACAGAGAAGACUGUCAGUGACACUCUCCAGACACUGAAAAUCAAUAAUCUAAUGGACAAAUAA